GUAACUUGAAAUCCCCUGAAACUCUUUUUUUAACUCUACAUCUUUCCCCUUCCCCAAGUUUUUAAUAAAUUCCAGAGCCAUCUUUCCCAGUCUCCAAUCCAACUCCAAGAACCAGAUUACUACUUUAUUCCUUCGAUUUCUUUUUAUUUCAUUAUUCAUUGAGCUCUCCAAUUUUCUGUAGGUUUUUAGAAUCAGUUUUCCAAUUGUUGCAGAGCGAAGAUGAUGCUCAGAAUUCGAAGCAGAGACGGUCUCGAGCGAGUCACCGUAGACAACCCGCACAUCACAGUUGCUCAACUCAAAUCGCUAAUUCAGUCCCAGCUCCAAAUCCCUUUCCACAAUCAAACCCUCUCUACCAACCAAAACCUCCUUUUGGCCAAAACCCAUGACGAAAUUUCCCGCUUUACCGACAUGUCCGACCCAAAUACCCUUCUCUCCUCUCUCAAUCUGUCUCACGGGUCUAUUGUAUUCCUUUACUACGACGGCGAGCGAACUGUUGCUGGACCGCCUGUUAACCCUUCUGGGUCUUUCGGUCGCAAGAUGACCAUGGACGAUCUUAUUGCCAAGCAGAUGAGGAUCACACGCCAAGAAAAUCCACAUUGCGAAUUGGUCUCGUUCGAUCGCGAUUGCGCCAAUGUGUUUCAGCAUUAUGUGAAUGAAACGCUCGUUUUUGCGGUCAAACGUGGUGGGUUUAUGUAUGGAACGGUGUCGGAGGUGGGAAAAGUGGAGGUGGAUUUCAUAUAUGAGCCGCCUCAGCAAGGGACUGAAGAAAAUUUACUCCUUUUGAGAGACCCAGAUGAGGAAAAGUUGGUGGAAGCCAUUGCUGUUGGGUUGGGGAUGAGGAAAGUUGGGUUUAUAUUCACGCAGACCAUUAGUCAGGAUAAGAAAGAUUACACCUUGUCUAAUAGGGAAGUUCUUCAGGCUGCGGAGCUCCAUGCUGAGAGCGGAUUGAAGGAGUGGGUGACUGCUGUGGUGAAGUUGGAGGUGAAUGAAGAUGGUAAUGCUGAUGUGCAUUUUGAGGCGUUUCAGAUGAGUGAUAUGUGCAUUAGGUUGUUUAAGGAAGGUUGGUUUGAGACGGAGAUUGGUGAGGAUGUUGAUCCCAAGCUGUCAAAAAUGAAGAAAGAUGUUGUUGUUGGAGUCAAGGAUACCAGAGAAGUAGAUAAUGAUUUUUUCUUGGUGUUGGUCAAGAUUUUUGAUCACCAGGGCCCACUUUCAGCCACCUUUCCAAUUGAGAAUCGCAUCACCCCAGUUACAAUGAAGGCACUGAAAAACCAUCUUGACCGGGCAAAGAGUCUUCCAUUUGUGAAGCGAAUUUCAGAUUUUCAUUUGCUGCUGUUGCUGGCCAGGUUCUUAGAUCUGGGUUCAGAUGUUCAUGCUUUGGCGGAGUGUGUGCACACACAGACGCCUGUACCUGAAGGCUACCAGCUCUUAAUCGAGUCCAUGGCUAAUGCUGCUGCUUAAUGUUUCCCUUAAUAGCCAGCGACUCAACUUUACCUGUGGUCUUGAGCUAGAAAGUAAAAAUAAACAAAAAUGAGGCUUUUUUAAAUUGUAUAUUAUUUUUAUAUCAACUAUAUGAAUUAAAUUAUGUUAACAAUAUAUUUUAGUUAAGUUUAUUUUUCUUUCUUUGCUUUGAA